CCCGCCUAAGCGGGAGGCGCUCGCCGCACGCCGCCCACCGCCGCCGGAACAAAAGGGGCGGCUGCAUGGUGGCGGCGGAGCGCCCUGCCGCGCCCGCUCUGCUCCGCUCCCCGCUCCGCGCCCGGCCCCGCUCCGCUCCGCGCCACCAUGUCGGGCAGCGGCGGCGGCAGCAGCAGCAGCAAUGCGGUGAAGAAGAGGAGCCCGGCGGGCUCAGCCUCCUCGCUGGCGCAGGAGGAGGAGAAGCAGGCGAUGGAGAAGAUGCUGGAGGCGGCGGGUGGUGGGGUGCAGGAGAACGGUUGCGCCCGCUCGCCCUCGCCCUGCGCCUCCGCCGAAGGGGUGACCCUGCAGCGCUCCAUCACGCUGCUCAACGGCGUGGCCAUCAUCGUAGGCACCAUCAUCGGUUCCGGCAUCUUUGUCACCCCCACCGGCGUGCUGCGGGAGGCCGGCUCGCCUGGGCUGUCGCUGGUGGUGUGGGCCGUUUGCGGGGCCUUCUCCAUCGUGGGUGCCCUCUGCUAUGCCGAGCUGGGCACCACCAUCACCAAGUCCGGCGGGGACUACGCCUACAUGCUGGAGGUGUACGGCUCCCUGCCCGCCUUCCUCAAGCUCUGGAUAGAGCUGCUCAUCAUCCGACCCUCCUCGCAGUACAUCGUGGCUCUGGUCUUCGCCACCUACCUGCUCAAGCCCAUCUUCCCCACCUGCCCGGUGCCCGACGAGGCUGCCAAGCUGGUGGCCUGUCUCUGUGUCCUGCUCCUCACAGCAGUGAACUGUUACAGCGUGAAAGCUGCUACUCGUGUUCAGGAUGCCUUUGCUGCGGCAAAACUGCUGGCGCUGGCUCUGAUCAUCAUUCUUGGCUUCGUGCAGCUUGCAAAGGGUGAUGUGACAAACCUGACUCCCGAGCACUCCUUUGAAGGCACAAAAGUAGGCGUGGGGAAUAUUGUGUUGGCAUUGUACAGCGGCCUCUUUGCCUACGGAGGAUGGAAUUACUUGAAUUUUGUUACAGAAGAGAUGAUAAAUCCCUACAGAAACCUGCCUCUGGCUAUCAUCAUCUCGCUACCUGUAGUCACUUUGGUUUAUGUGCUGACAAACUUGGCUUACUUCACCACCCUGUCGACGGACCAGAUGCUGACGUCCGAAGCCGUGGCUGUGGAUUUUGGGAACUAUCACCUUGGCGUUAUGUCCUGGAUCAUACCCGUCUUUGUUGGCUUAUCGUGCUUUGGAUCCGUUAAUGGGUCUCUCUUCACUUCUUCCCGGCUGUUCUUCGUGGGAUCCCGAGAGGGACACUUGCCUUCAAUCCUGUCCAUGAUUCACCCCAGGCUUCUCACUCCCGUGCCGUCCCUCAUCUUUACGUGCGUCAUGACCCUGCUCUAUGCCUUCUCCAACAACAUCUUCUCGGUCAUCAACUUCUUCAGCUUCUUCAACUGGCUGUGCGUGGCUCUGGCCAUCAUCGGCAUGAUGUGGCUGCGUUACAAGAGGCCGGAGCUGGAAAGGCCCAUCAAGGUGAACAUCUGCCUGCCCAUUUUCUUCAUCCUGGCCUGCUUGUUUCUCAUUGCCGUUUCCUUCUGGAUGACGCCGAAGGAAUGUGCGAUUGGCUUUGCAAUCAUCUUCAGUGGGAUUCCUGUUUACUUCUUCGGGGUCUGGUGGCAAAACAAGCCCAAGUGGGUUCUCCAGGGCAUCUUCUCCGCAACAGUCCUGUGCCAGAAACUGAUGGAAGUGGUUCCGCAAGAAUCAUAAGCAGGAAAAGCAGAGACAUUCGGCUCGAGGAAACGCACAAUUUUAUUUUAAGACGACACAAGGAGAAAACACUUCUGAUCCCUCGUAAACGAAACCUAGGCACUGGAGCGCCCCGUCGGAGCUACUUCGUGUCUGACACCAUGCCCCCAGCUCUGCCUUGCCCCCUCCAGCCCCUCCAUCGCCACCCUUUAGCCUGGCAGAUGAGCAACCCUGCGAUGAGAAGUUCUUGGUACGAACGUGGGCCAGGAGGAGGAAUUCCUGCCGGCAGCUUCAAAGGGGUCCUGCCCAUCCGGCAGCAGCGAGUCCGAUCAGCAUCUGUGUGUGUGUGUGUGUGAUACUGAGGGCUGUACUUCAGCUCUGUGUAGGCUUACUUGGGGUCUGGGAUCCCCCAGAUGGCAGCGGAUCUGCUCAUGAGCCCGGUUUGAGUGUUGCCGGCCGUACAAACGUGCCUGGGGCUGUCACGGAGCCACGGGGUGGUCCUAAGCCCGGCCCUCCUGCCCUACCUGGUCAAGGCGGGGUGGUUGGGUAGCAAAGGUUGGCUGAUGGUGGCUCACACGCUCACACACACACAAACUCAUACCAAAAUACGUGCUGCUGGACGCUUUGGACUCUGUCCACUGGCAGUGACUUAGGUGAGACAAGGCAGAGCAGAAUUAGUGUCAGAGAAAUGACGUGGGGAAACCUCAUCUGACUUUCAUUGCAUUCCUGAGGAGCACUCGGGAUCCUCUACCACUGCCUGGCUCUCAACUCUCCGAGCCAAGCCAUCUCCCUGCUGUUAAGCCAGUCCUCCGGGAUGCUCUUCACCCAGCCCAUCCCGUGGGCUGUGAAUUAGCACCGGGGCAGGUGUGGGCCUGAGGGUAGCGUUUGUCCUGAUAAACCCAGGGAAUUGCAAUUAGCAGAAGGCCAAGUCCUUGGCUUGCUCACUCCAUGUUUUUCUGUAGAUGGGCUAUCAUCCAGCAUGGGAUGAGCAACAUCGUGCUCUCCAAAUGGCCCUGUUUGUUGCCCUCGGUGUGAUUCGUGUUUGCCCCUACACCAUUUGCAAGGAGAAAAUAAGGGUGGGAUUCCCUUGGCUUGUUCCCUGGGGUCUGUCUGUGCAUUGCCUGUCACCGUGCCCUUUGUUGUGCUGUGUCUCUUCUAGAAUGUGCAGUGGAGAUGGGACCAACUGGGUCUGGGGGUGUAGAAAGGGGCAGAUGUCCUCGGGGGGCUGGAGCCUGGCUUUAAUCUCGGUCUGCUGUAGAUGGUCUGUUUUGCUCCAAGGAGCAGGGACUGGGGGCCUUGUCCUCCUCCAUGCAAAACCGCAGCAUCAGCUUUGGCUUGGUGAGACGCCCCCCACCAACAUCAUCCCACUCAGGGAGUGGUCUUUGAGCAUAAACCACGAUCCGCAUGUGAAAUCCUGUUUUGCUGUUGUGGGUGGUGUAGUCCCGUCCCCUGAGCCCACCCAAAAUUCCUCUAGUUCCUGAGUAGUCACAACUGUCCUCUUAGGAACACGUUGCUUUAUUUGGUCAAAAGCGUCACCUUUUCAGCAAAACUGCAGUUCUUGAACAAUUUGCUCAUAACGGCUCUGUGCUCCAGGCGAUAGUUGGAAAUCAAAAGCAUCUUUUUCCCCACAAGUGAGCUGCUUCAGUCUCUGUUACAGAUCUUCUUUGUGUUUGUGCUUUGGGUUGUUGAACUACUUUUUCUCCUCUAUUUUUGUAAACUAAGCUGUUUGGAAGCCGGGAUCCUCCAAGAGCUAAUGCUUUCUACUGGAUUCUCCUCUUAGCAUAGAGUUAUUUUGGAUGAAGAGGCAUUAAGGACACCAAUGGUACUAGCUCAUGCUUUGUCCUUUUAAGAAGUUCUUUAGCAAAAAAAGAGUGUGUGUUAUAGCGGGUGGCUACCUCUGUUCAAGCGUGUGUGACAAUGACCAUGCCUACGUCAACGAGUGUCUACGUGCAGCUCUUUGCUAUUGUUUCGCCAACCCCGCGUCUUUGCUUUGAGGCAGUGCAGGAGGAAUAGGUGAGACAAUCAUCACUCUGAAAACCUUUGCUGUCGGGUUGCUGCUUCCAUGGCAGCACAGUGUAGAGAUACCCAAGGCAGCUCAGGUGCCACUCUACAUGUGUUAGCGGUUAGCGUUGAGAUCUCCUGGAGCUAAGUUGACCUGUGGAGAGUUGCAGCUGGUUUGGGUAUAUCUACAGUGCAGAAGAACCCAAAGUUUAUGGUCAGUGCGUGGCUGUUCAGGGACCUACGUGCAAUGAAUUGGAGCAUCUUGGAUCCAGUGCCUGCAGAGGGGCAUUUGCGUUAAUAAGGUUGUGAACCAUAAAACCUGAACUCAAUUUUUGGAGUCCUCUUCCAGCUGAAGGCUGAGAUGUUUUGGCAGGGUAGUGAUGGGAAAUAGCUGCUUAUGCUGGACCUGUUUCAUUGAGAGAGAAUCUCAGUCUGUCACCUUCCACUUGCUCUACAGGGGUUUUUUGGCUGUAACAGCCUCAGGGCUGGUUUCCUGCAGGGCCUGGGUUCAGCGUAGGGGCUCUCAGUGCUAAUAUCUACCAGCAGAAUUACUUGCGAUGCAAAGGAAAGGGAUUUUAACUCUCAGCCACCUCAAUCCAACGUUAAUUAGCACUCAAGUCCAAUCCACAGAUUGCUCAGAAAAGGGUCCAAAUCUCCCAAAGGCGUGGGGGUUGCUUGGUUUGGACACAUCUUUAAAUGACUUUCAUCUACUUUCAUCACUAAAAGAUAACCUCUUGGUGAACCUUUCACACUGGUUUUAAAGAGGAGAUGUCACACAGAGAAACAUUUUUUUAUUAAUUAACUGAUCUUAAUUAAAUCCUUAACUCGCUUGCUUGUUCUUGAUGAAUUUUUGUGAUUCUUGCUGCUAAAAAUCUUUCUCUUGUACUAACCUGCUGGCUCUGGCAUUGAUACCAUAUGUUUUGUGGUGAUCUCUCCAGCAUCUCCAUGGCAAUAGAGGUAUAGGAAGAAACUGAAUCAAGUACCAGCACAGAAUGACAAAAAUGUCAAAUUUGGUCAGCCACAGCUCACAUCUCAAAGUUUAUCUUUCAAAAACCUGAUUUAUUUUAUCCCGGAUUCACUGACCCCUGUAGUUCCUCUCCACCAGAGCUCGGUGACACGGCUGCAAGAGGGUGGCUUAUUUUUUCCUGGAGGUCAGCGAGAUAAUGAGUAAGGGGGUAAAACUGAGUUUUGUUUUAUAAAGGAGAUGCAACUAAAGUAACUGUCACUGCAGCGGGUGAAACCGCUGUUAGCAGCGUCUGCUGUCCGGCACGACGGCUCGUAACUCAGAUCAGCGACCAGGAGUGUCCCCGGGGGCUUCCCGGGUUCAGCUGGAUUUUGGUAUGGAAAAAGAGAGAAUACGUCCCCGUGAAAGACCUCCGUGCCGCUUGUUUUCCUCAAACGGGGAAUGAGAUGUGUCACGGAGGGCGAGGGGAGCAGCGGAGACUUCACAGAAAAUUUCUCAUCGCUCCCAGCACUCGAUGUGGGAUUUUCCUGUUGUUUCUCUGUUUGCUCGUGCUCUUUCGAGCCCGUGAUCAGUCGUGCCUGUUGCAACCCACCAUGGGAGAUAAACCCUUCCCGCAAAGGACACGUACACCCACAGUGACCGUGAAUUUGCUUUCCUAAACAGUAGCUGCAGUUAAACGAGGUACCGCGUGAAUCUAUUUCAUAUGACAGUGUUCUGCAACUACAGCCGGAGCGGUCGUGCCGGUGGAAUCGUAGAAUCAUUUAGGCUGGAAAAGACCUUUAAGAUCUUUGAGUCCAACCGUGGAGCCGUGGCUGUGUAUUUCUGCAGGUGAUAGCCGUGCUGCAGUAGCCCCUCGGUCCUUGUACUAACCCCCCCUUGCAAUUAUCGCUGCUCUUAGGUUGGUGUAAGUAUGUAGAGCCCCAGGCAGUCAGUUGUUAGGGAUGUUCACGGAGUAGCAUCCCACAGGGAUUGCUAAACGGUAGGGCAGGGGCAGGCAGGAGCCCGCGGCCAGGCGCUUCCUUAGCGUUGGGUUCCUCUUUCCGAAUGAGAAACCUUCUUCCUGACAAGGGGGAACCAGCCCUGCAAAACGCUCCUGGCCAAAAAUGGAGCCGGGGGGGGGGGGGGGGGGGGGGGUUAGGUCAUCCUGGGUGGAUUUUAAUUUUUCUUUUUUUUUUUUUUAACUUCCUGCAGUAUUUGCAGUGUUUUCCAUCUCAGAUACUGUGUUCUGGUAAACAUGCUUUUGUUUUUAAUGGCACCUUCUGUGGAUACUAAGUUCAAAGGGACUCUGUCACCAUUGAACAAACUGGAUUAAACUCGUAAGAAGCGGCUUUGUUGUUCUCCGAGCCCUCUCCUUGCGGGUGGCUCAGGCAGGGGAAUAAAUUGGGGUCCUCCAUGGGCUCCUCCGCUGUGGGUCUGCCCCGAGAGCAGAGCCCUCGAGGGGCAGCGGCGUUGCAGCAGAGCUCUUCCCUGACCUCCCAACCAUGGAGAGAUGUUUGCAGUGGCAGAGUAUUGGUCCAGCUGCGGGGAAUCGCGGGGAAGGUUUCCCCUCAGUCUGGGAAGGUACCCGUGCCUUCAGCUGAGGCUAUUUUAAUAAAUAAACAAAUAAAAUUAAAAAAAAAAAAAAAAGAAGGAAACAGCCGAAUGUUGUCAUUAUGCAACAGUCUGGCUGUUUGGGGCUAUUCUUGUGGGAUGCCAGCUUUUCCAUCAACCAGUUGUGCAAGUCCGUUUCUAAUGACAUCAAAGGGGAAGGUGACGUCGGCCCUUGAGAGAGGGCUGGAACAAAGCUUCCGACGGGAGCUUGGGAAAGGGCAGCCCAGGGGCGAGACGGCUCCGGUCCCCCCCCCCCCCCAGGGCUCAUGCUGAGGUCUGCCGGCCGGCACCGUGACCUCAACAGCUCCCCUCGGACUGAAUAGCAGCCUUGUGCUGGCCCUGGGAGCCCGGUGAGCAUCUCCGGCCGUGGGAUGGGAUGGCAUGGCAUGGCUGGAGCCGGCGGCGCUUGGCUGCCAACCAGGGACUGCGGCAACCGGCUCCCUGCGGUGAUGGGAAUCUGCUCCCGCGCCUCCGCCGGGGAUGUUGCCCAUCCCAGGGUGUCCCAUGAGAUGUCAGCGUUGAGGGAUGCUCAAGGGGCUCCUCGUUUCUGGUGGCUUCUUGAGGAGUUACAGCUGGUCAGCCUUACGCCGGUUUUGCCCGUACUUGAGAAGUUUCUUCCCAUUUUACACGGUCUGAACUGGAACUAGCAGCUGAGGUGGGGGGGUGCGCAUGUGUGCAUGGGAUGCGGCUGGGCUUGGUGGACCCAAGAGUUCCUAGUUUGGUGCAGAUGCUCUCACCCGCAAGACGCAGCAGUAGGAAACGUGGCUUGGGUUAGGUUGUCUCUAAGGAACCGAUGUCCAGAGGAUUAUUUCUUUGCUUUUAGUCCCCUGUUCCUUGCGUGAGAAGGGGUGUUGCUUCCUCCAGCUGUUGAAGUGUUAAUGAGGAAAAAAAAAUAAAAAUAUUUUUUUAAAUAUUGAAUUAAUUUUUAAAUGGCCUAAAAGAGACUUUCUAUCUACACCUAGAUUAUUCCCGUUGGGUGACGUUCAUCUCAGCGCAGGGGCUCUGCGUGCGCUCGGAUGCUCUCCCGCAUCCCAGCUGGCGGGACGUGGGUGCUGCAGGGUCUGGCUGCGUCUCCUGCGCUGGGAUGAAUUUCACACGAAGGGAAAAAAUCCGUAUUUGUUCAGGGGACAGAGCGAGGUCCAUGUCUCACCUAAAUCCUUGCAAAGGAAGAAUUGUAAAUGGCACCCAGACCUUGUGCUGGCCUGCAGAACAAAUAGAGGGUGAAAGUCACUUCUAGUGAAUAAUCUGACUUUUCAGAGAUACCUUUCUUCUAAAGUUUGUAUUUUUGUUGGUUUUUUUUUUUAAACACAGAAAAAAAGGAUCUUAACAUACAGAAGAAAAUCUAGAUCAGAUUUACAAUUUUGUUAUAUUUGGUUGCUUUAAAAAUAUUUUACUAAUUUAAAUGUUGCUGUAGAUGACAUUCUAUUUAUUUUAAGGGGUAAAUAUCUUUUAGUCUUAAUACUUCUACAGUAAGCGCUGUCUAUUUACAACGUUUGUGUUCCUGUCAACACAGCUAUUCCACGACUGACCGAGUGCUGGUCAGCCAGUAGUAACUUAAUCAAAUUGCCUUGUAAAACAAGAUGUGUCCUGCAAUGUAUUUUUUCUAGUAUUUCUUGAUUCUUUUAUGUCUGUGGUUAACAAAUUUGUUAAAUGUUUGGGUUGUUCUAUGUUUUGGGUUGUUGUUUUGUUCUGUUUUUUUAACAAAGAAAGCUGAAUUACAA